AAUCAGGAUCAUGCUUUAGCCGUUCUCAAAAAUGUUUCAAUCCAUGCUACCGACCCUGAUAACGGACCCGGGGGAUCCGUGACCUAUGAAAUGAAGUCUGCUGGCCAGGCCUCUGCACUGUAUGGAGAAACAUUUAAAAUAAAUCCACUAACUGGACAAAUCACUCUAAUAAAACCCCUUGAUUAUGAGAGAUUAACAUUCUAUCAGUAUACACUGAUUGCCAAGGAUGGCGGGAAUCCUUCACUCAGCAGUUCGGCAGACCUACUGAUUACUGUUCUAGAUGUUCAAGACACACCACCCAUUUUCCAGAGAUUACCAUACAUGACAACAAUUAAAGAAGACUAUUCUGUGGGGAGAAGUAUUUUCAGCGUUUAUGCUGUUGAUGGGGACACUGGGAUACCAAAUAACAUUACAUACAGUUUUUCUUCAGAUACAGAAAUUUGCACACAGUUUCUCUCUAUGGAUCACAUUUCUGGUGAUAUAACAAUUAACAAGACAAUGGACAGAGAUGAAGGUCCCAUUAAACAGUUACGUGGAGUCUGCACUGUGGAUGUGACAGCUUCAGAGGUUACAAACAAGCCCAGCAAUCUGACAGAAACAGUGAAACCAUUCACUAUCACUAUAGAAGACGUGAAUGACAACGGACCAAUAUUUAAUAACAAUACAUAUUAUGGCUCUGUAAAGGAAAAUAUGAUGGAUAUUCCCAUAACAAUAUCUGGGGAUGGACUGCAUGUCAAAGAUAUUGACCAGAUGGGAAACAAUGAAAUUAUUAUUCAGGUUUACAAAAACGACACAAAUAAUACAUUCAACGGUAUUGUGGCUUCUCCUAGUUUGGUUUACUCUGAGGGGACUUUUCUGCUUCGUCUGACGAAUAACUUCAAGUUUGAUUAUGAAGAAUACUCAGAAAUUGAUUUACUAAUAAAGGCAACAGACAUGGGAAACUCAAGUAUGUUCAGCAACUGUACUGUACACGUCACAAUCAACGACACCAACGAUAACGAUCCUAUCUUUAAUCAAACAAGGAAAUCCUUCUCUAUUCCUGAAAACAGCUGUUUCAACACAAGAGUCACAAACAUAACGGCAACAGAUGCCGAUUCUGGGAUUUUUACCAAAAUUUCAUACCGUCUGCAAGGAAGCGACAGUUUUGACAUAGAUAGUACCACGGGGCGGAUUUUUGUCAAGUGUAAUGAAAGCUGCAGUGAUAAAUGUAAUAGUACAGACUGUGAUAGCAGUUGCCUGGACAGGGAAAAGAAAGACACGUAUUAUCUCACAGUGGAAGCCCAAGAUGGCGGCGGACGAAGAACCUCGAUUUCGAUUGUUGUUUAUCUAAACGAUACAAAUGACAAUAAACCUACAUUUCGCGACAGUUCAUAUAGAGUGGGACUAAACGAAAAUUCUACAAGAUUUUCCACAGGAAAUUCUGAAUUCAAAGUUGAGGCUACCGAUCAAGAUAUUGGCAACAAUAGUACAAUAUCGUACAGGAUUUUGUCUUCCAAUGAUAACCAAAGUCUUUACAACAACUUUUCAAUGGAUGCAGAAAAGGGAAUUGUAACAAUAAACAGAUCAAUAGAUUAUGAAAGUUUACCAGACUCCAUAAAUGGACAAAUCACACUCAUCUUGGUCGCAGAAGACCAAGGGUCCCCGAAGCAGAGUUCAACCGUCACGUUGACAGUAGAUAUAAAGGAUAUAAACGACAAUGCUCCAGAGUUUAAUCAAUCAUAUAGCUGUGCCAUAAAAGAAAAUUCGAAAAGUGGAGCCUUUGUGGAAGUUGUGUCUGCAGUGGACAAGGAUAAAACGAUACCUAAUAAUCAAACAGCCUACUUCAUAGAAAAGGGUGGCUCCGAUCAAUUUACGAUUGACGGCACUUCGGGGAAUAUUACUGUUCAGAUUGGAGCAAACUUGGACAGAGAAAUCGUACCAAGUUACAAUCUUACUGUGAUAGCUAUAGACAAGGGGGUUCCUCAGUUGACCGGAAGUGUGUCAGUAAUUAUAACAGUGGAAGACGAAAACGACACCCCACCAUCCUGGAAGAAUUUACCAAAGACUGUUGAUGUGCAGGAGAAUACAACUUUAAACAAUAUUAUAACUUGUAUUGGUAGUGAUUUAGACAUGGACAACAGUUUGAGUUAUUCAAUGAUACCAAUCAGCGCUAUGAAUAUAGAGAGAAAUCCAGUAAAUGUGUCUCAAAUGGAGGGUAUAGUAGCCAUAAACAGCUUGUCUGGAAAUGUGUCUGUUUUGAACGAUGAAUUGGAUGCAGAAAAAGCGAUUAGGUUAACCUUUAAUGUGACCGUCAACGACGAUAACACUCUUAAAAACAAGCCCAAUGCUACAAGUGAACUGACGAUAAAUAUCCUUGAUAUCAACGAUAAUCCUCCUGUUUUUCCUCUUGAAACCUAUUCUGCAAACAUUCUGGAAAAUGUCAUCGAUCAUUCCUACGUAACAUCAGUGAAAGCGACUGAUGCGGAUAUCGACGACAAAAAUAGAAAUAUUUCAUACUACAUAGAUGACAAAAAUGUUUCAUUCGCUAUUGACCAUAAAUCGGGUGUAGUUGAAAAGGUUAAAAAAGUUGACAGGGAAGAGAAAGAUCAAUGGAAUGUUACAAUAAGAGCUACAGAUUCACUGUUCAACACUACUACUGUACUUAGUAUCAACAUUUUGGAUUUCAACGACAACACGCCCUACUUCCUCAACGAAACAUACGAAUUUCAUAUCAAGGAAGAACUUUACAAUACUACAAUAAUAGGGGAAAUUUGUGCUAAUGAUAAAGACAUAGGAGAAAAUGCAAAAAUUAGGUUUUCUAUCACAGGAGGGAACGAACAAGGGCAUUUCGAUAUAGACACAAACACGGGUGAUUUGUUAGUCCAAGGUGAUAUUGAUAGAGAAGAACAAUCUACCUACUAUUUGACCAUAACUAUAGAGGACAGCCCAAAUGUCACAGCGGACACGAAGCGUAAUUCAACACAAGUAGUUGUCUAUGUAAAGGAUGUCAACGACAAUGCACCUAUUUUCACAAAUGAUUCUCACAUAAUAGUUAAAAUAAAAGAGACAACAUCAGUAGGAACCAUAGUUAAAGUCGCAGGUGCCAUUGAUAAGGAUUAUGGUAAUAAUAGCAAAGUAUGGUACAGACUGGGUGAUGGUGGAAAUGUUUCGGAUGAUUGGUUUGGUAUCAACACAGACACGGGUGCAAUAUACGUCGUCAAUAGCUUGAAAGACCAGGCUGGACGUUAUACAUUAGAGGUGACAGCAACUGACAAAGGUUCUCCUUCCAAGAAUACAUCACUCUUAGUAGGAAUACGCAUCUUAGAUGAAAACCUCCAUGCCCCAAAUUUUACUCGACUGCCCCCAGACUAUACUGUGAGCCUUUAUGAGUGUGCAAAAUUUAAUACUUCCAUAUUUGAUAUUGAUGCAACGGAUGCUGACAAGGACUAUGAUAAUCGCUUCAUCACAUACCAGUUCCGCUAUCAGAACUCUUCCUCGGGACAGGAUUUUGAAUCAUUCCAUAUAAAUAAUAUAAAUGGAAGGAUAUCCCUUGUCAAGAAAAUUGACCAUGAAAUUACACCCUUCUUUACGAUAUCCGUAAUAUGUACAGAUCACGGAGAACCACCCCGGUCAUCCAUCUCCCCGCUUUUAACGAUACAGGUUCUAGAUAUAAACGAUAAUCCUCCAGAGUUCACCCAAAAUUUGACAAAUGGAGAGGUCAAGGAGAACAGGAAUGAUACAUUAGUGACCACUGUCAAAGCUGUUGAUAAAGAUUCCAUGGCAGUUAUUCAAUAUAGUAUAGAAGACGGAGACCAUUCACAUUAUUUCAAAAUUGACAACAGAACUGGAGAAGUGAGAACAUUUAAAGCUUUAGAUCGAGAGGAGGUUGAAAUCAUCACGUUAACCAUUAAAGGUUUAGACGUCACUAAGCCAGAAAAUAUUUCAUCGCAGUGUGAUGAUACCGUGAAGCCAAAGUCAGACGCAACAAUGAAAAUCCAUGUGGCUGUGCUGGACGAGAACGAUAAUCCACCAAACUUCACUCAUACACACCUCUCUCAAGGCAUUCUUAGUAGCACUAAAUUUGGCAAAAGGGUUAUGGACCUUACAGAGAUGGUAUCUGACAGAGAUGUAACAGCUGAUAACCGGAAACACCAGUUCUACGCCACUUCCCUGACUUAUAGUGGACCACUGAAAAAUGAAAUGGAAAGCAGAUCAGAGAAAAAUAACUCGAUGGCAUUUCUUGUUCAUCUUAAUGGUUCAGUGGUGACCAAUAUUGUGAUUCCUGAGACACUGAAAGGAAUCGCUAAUCUAAAUCUUCUUGCUAACGAUUCUGCAGGGAAUAGUACUGCUCAUCUCAAGUUGUACAUAAUUAGUGUUUCGCAGAUGGUUUCCAUGAAAUUCUUAAAACAGAAGCCACAGUUAGACGAAAUAAAACUCGAUGUACUAAAAACCUAUUCUAUCAUCAUGGACGGGUAUGCCUUUGUUUAUGAUGCGAUGGAGGCUGAUACGAAAGGAGGAAAUCCAGACCCAUUUACGACUUUACUGAAAUUUCAUGUGGUAAACCAGAAAACAGACGAAGUUUUAGAGUCUGAAGAAGUAAUUAAUUUGUUGGAUGGCGUUUCUGGACAGAAAAGUGAAGAACUCUCGAAACUCAGAGAUAAAUACUCAAUAAUGUCUAUUAAUGCGUUGCAAACGAAGUCGGCUGAACAAUCAAGUCUUAGAGUCAAGGAGAGAUACAUAUUUAUAGCAGUAAUAGUGCUCCUCAGUGUGAUAUUGUGUGUCAUUCUGUAUUUCUUCAUCAAUAGUACUUCUAGGUACAAAACAAAACUAAAGGCCGCCAAUAUUCCAACAACAGAUCGAGGAGACAGCAAAAAACAAAGCAUACAUCUACCUGGGAGUAACGUUUACUCAUCCACAAAAAAUCCGUUGAUGAACAAAGAAGAGGAAGUUAAGAGAAGCAUGGAGAACCUGGACAAAUUAGAUGAAGUCAGUGUAUCUGGAAGCGAAAACUCCCUGGAUCCUAGUGAUUUUGAGUAUGCCAGGCGUACCCUGAACUCUGAACAGGGAUUAGAAGAGAAGGAGGUGAUAAUGGAGAUGUAUGGGGAGGAUAAUGUACUGUCUGAUAGUGAAAUGGAUGCUAUGACUAUAGCUCUCAGUCAGCACGAAAAUCAGAAAAAUGCAAAGAACUCCGCCAUGAAUGGUCAUCUUUAUGUCAUGAAUGGGAAGAUCAAUGAGGCAUAUGAGAGCUUAGAAACGACAGAAGUGUGAUAAAGCGUUGAUUAUUGUGAAUCUGAACUACACAAGUAAAAAACAAACGCAUUAAGACUAUGGAGACUAUCAAAGGAUUUUGAUUUAUCAAUGGAAGGAAAAUGCCCAAUUUGAAAACGUACAGUUCUUCACAGCUGGUUUGUGAAGGACUUGCUUAAGUGCUUUAUUCACAAUUCAAAACAGUAACAUUUAUACAACCUUUUUAUAGGUCAACAUAUACGUUAAAUUUACAUAUCAUAUUAUAUAAAUUGUACAAUGUCGAUAUUCUUUGUAUUUGGUUGGUUUCUGUAGCAAGCAAAUUAGACCUUCUUUACUUGUUUUACACAUGAUUUAAAGUUAUUGUCUUACAGAUUUUUUCCCAAAUAUUUAUUGAACAUUUAUUUAUACAUUUAAAAGAUAACUUGCCAGCAGAACAUUAAUGCAUUUAUUUACACAGUUAAGAUAAAAAUCAAGACGUUAAUGCCUUAAAUAAAAAAAAACAACCAACGGAAAUCAAUGUUACUAGUAGGUUAGGAAUAGAACGGCGUAACAAAACAACCACGUGCACUUAUGUUUAAAGAAAAUAUUUAAAUCGUAUCAGAAACUUAUUAAGAGUAAAACUUCAUUAAUGCAAAUGGCAUUUUCACAUCACGUGAAUUAUGGAGAGUAAAAUUUCUUGGAACAAAAAUCUUUAUGAACCCUGUUCUUUUGUACUAAAAUAUAUGUGAAAUUUGUUACACUCUCAUUGCACUCAUCUAAUAAAUCAUUGAAAGAAAGAUAAUUUAAAAAUGAAAAGAAAUAUGAAUUUUGCAGUGAUGUGAUAAAUGGAGAACUAUUGAUAUCUAAGAUGAACACAAUCAAACGUUUACUUAAUAUAAUAUACCUUUGUUCUUCAUUUCGUCAAUCACGUAAUACUCAAAUAAAACAUUACAAGGAUCAAAUAACACUUUCAACAUACCAUUGUUUUCGUUUUCAUACAUUUAAUGCAUUUUGAUUUCAUUUGACUUUCAAUUGUAUUUAUAUAUAAAAAUAUUUGUGACGCUUAGAAUAAAUAAAGAUAAGGUGCAUGUAUGAUAGAGCGUAAAAAUAUGAUGAAUCAAUUUUGUUCAAAUCUGAAUACAAUAAUAUUUCAGUGCAGCAUUGAACUAUGAUCAUGUGAAGAACAGCUAUUAUUUAUUUCUUCCUUGAUAAAGGGUAGUUUGGAAUGAUGAAGAAAUUUUGUAUUGUAUCGAAUGGGUUUAAAUCUUGACAUACAUAUGUGCUUUCAGUUUCGUUAUGCUACCACAUCAAAAAAACAACAACAGAAGAACAA